UGUAUACAAAUCCACACGACAAAAGGGUCAACUAACUUAGCACAUGACUUUGUUUGUGUACUUUUCUUUAAGAAAACCAUUAUUUUAUUUUUAUCGUGACUGAGUUAAAAAAACACAGAUCAUGUUUCGAAUGCGUCAAAACACAAGCUGCGGUUGUUAAUUUUAAAGAUGACUUUCUUUUACUUAAAAAACACAAAGCGUUUCCCUGAAAACCGUCUCGUGUUUACUGUUGAUGCGUGGAAAAGUUCUCUGACAGUAGAUCUGGAGCAUUCUUGACGACCUAAAAUUCAAGAUGGCAGCAACUUCGCAGCUUGUGUUAUAUGCUUUAGUUGUUUUAACAUCAUGCUUGUGUUUGUUUAAUCACUUUCGGUAUGAAGAUCUGCGAAACCAACUUAGUAAGAAAACAGCUCAUGCAGCUGAGAAAGUUUUAUUCAGACAUCGAAGGGAAGUUGCAACGAACUUUGAAGAUCUUCAUGAACUCAGAAGGUUUAUCCAACAAACAACCAAUGGCUCCAUACAAGCUGAAGUGGCCAAAGUGUUUGAGAAAAUGCUUCUCAACUUUGCUAAUUUGUGUAAACACGUAAAGAAAUGUGACCACCAACCAACUUCAGUAAGUCUUAAUAACAUCACUUCAAAGUUGGUGGGACCACCCGGACCAAGAGGACCACCGGGGAAGGACGGUAAACCAGGACUUGGUCUGUUUUUUCCAGAAAUAAAAACAACAAAUCUGAAUAUGAUAGCGAAUGAAAGUGACAGCAAAACACUAAGUUGCAAGAUUUUUGGAAACCCUCUUCCCAAGGUACUAUGGGUUCAUCAUUUCCGUGAAACCGAUACAAAAUCAAUCAUUAAUCGCACGACGUCGGAGGCAUUGUCUUUUCUCACGGUCAAAAAUAUAUCGUGGAGUGAUCGAGGCAUAGCAACAUGCGUUGGAGAAAGCAUCUUAGGAUCUGCAAAUGCAAGUGGUAGAUUGACUGUUCAGGCUUCCCCUAUAAUAACACUGCCACAAGGACCUGUUCUUGCUAAUCUCGGAUCUAACUUUACUUUUCCAAAGUGUAACGUAAUCUCAGAACCAAAAGCUAAAGUAACAUGGAAGAGAGGUUAUGGCAGUUUUCCAGAAGGUCGCUUUCAUGUUGUUGAUGGGUAUCUGACCAUUAUGAAAGUUCGUGUCGAAGAUGAAGGAUUUUAUGUUUGUACAGCUGAAAAUUUUUUAGGGAAAAGCGCGAGAAACCUACAACUAAAAUCAAGACCGUUAUCGUUCUUGCAGAGACCAUCAUUUCUUAUGGAAAUUACGAAUACUUCAGCGAUACUGACAUGCUCAGCUUUGGGUGCAGGAUACCAAAUGGCUGGAAAAAUUUUUGAUUUGUAUCAGAACAAGUUAUUGACAGUGAAAAUAAUCAAGACCUUGGAGAGUUUUACUAUUACAGCGAAUGUAACGAAGUCAGGCGUGUACAAAUGUGUAAUAGAAGAGGGUGAUAGAAGAAUUGAAACGAGUACAAAUGUGAAAUUCUUUAGCCUUCCGUCUUUAAUUCUUUCCCGGAAUCAAAUCAGUCAAAUUGGAAAAUGGUUAAAGAAAGGGUCAGAUUUCGGAACUUAUAUUUUGUGCUGGCAAUCCAGUGGUGGCAGGAUCGAUGAAUUUUCGGAAUUUCAUAGCAGAUGUGACAAUAAAAAGAACGUAUUGGCGAUUUUUAAAGAUUCUAGUUCAGCAAUAUUUGGAGGAUAUAGCAACGCUCCUUGGAAAGAGUACAGCACCUAUCGAAACGAAAAUUCGUUUAUAUUCUCCAUUGAACCAAACAUGACGAAAGUUGUUCUCUCUGAAAGCGAAAAUCCGGUUUGUUAUUCUUCAUCGUACGGUCCAUGUUUUGGCAGGCAGGAAUUGUAUGCUUACAGACGACAGAAUUAUCCGUAUAAUAAUUACAAUAAACUUGGAUUCCAAACUGGUGGAAGAGGAAGACAAAUUACAUCAAAAAGCAGCGAUUUUUUGUCCCAGAUUGAAGUUUUCUACAAAAUCAGUUACUAAACAUUUUAUGAUUACGGUUUUAUACUUUUUAAACCCAUCUUACGUUGAUUAAAUUUGUGUGGAUCCAA